AUGCAUGACAAGAGAAGGACAUACGCCGCAACUGUAAAUGACACCGAGUUCCCUCCCCUCGCGCCCUCCAGACAUCACAGCAUAGCAUCACGCAUAUCGCUAUUGGACGAGUCUCGCACCUCCACGCCGCCAAUCCCACCAGGUUUCGGGGGCCAACUGGCCAACGAGAAUCGUCGCUCGACACCGACCGUGCCGCCAGGGUUGACAAGGCCCAAUGCCCUACCAGAUCUCGAGGGGUCAUCGUCUCGACCAACUUCUCGACCUUCAAGCAGAGCUAGUCUGCGUAGGACUGCCUCCCAGAUACUGCCUGCGCUUCCUUUGCGACCAGGGACACCAGCUAGGCCUACGCCAUCACGCAAGCAGACCAGAGAAGAGGAAGACAUCGCUCUCCCGGAUGAGACGCCGACCAGACCAUCUAGAACUACAUCAUCGCACCUGAAGCAUGAUUUGUCCGCUGAGGCUGCCGAAGAGUCCAAAAUGGGGGCCGGGUCUGAGCCCGUCCAGUCAACGACUGAUGGAGUGGGGCACCUAUCCGACAAAGCAGAUGAGCACUUCGGUGCACCGCCUACCCAGCCUGAUGACAGUAAUGUCGACAUCAUCAAGAGUGUCGCCACAGCGUCAGAAGCAUCAGCUCGUGUGCCUUCCGAAGCGCAAUCUUCAUCUAGUGUCGUUGCGAAAGCUAAGGUUGAGAGCGCAAAGAAAGCCGAGAGUAGUGCCAUCGACACAUCGAAGCGCAAACACCCGGGCAAACUGGAUAUCACGGCGGCUGUCAUGAAACAGAAGCAAGAACCUCAUGUCGUCUCUUCAGAGACUCCAAUUGAGGCCGGCACGCCGGGUAGAGCAUCGCACGCGGUCUCACAGACACCUUCUACCAAGCUGCCGGAGAGCCCUAGUGUUGCGUCACCUGCGAUCAAGACAGUUCCAAGAACACUCAGGGUUGUACAAACCCCCAAAGCAGAUACACCACCACCGAAGGAGUUUACCCUGCCCACCAUCAAGAGCAUAGCUGCCCACAAACUCCCUUCGCGGCAGCCAAGUGUUGGCUCGAUCGACAUGCCAGGCACGCCAUCUAGCGAGCAUGUCUCAAUAUCUGACAAUGUGUCGCUGACCUCAACUUCAGUGUCUCGCGCCAAUUCACCUCCACCCAUGGCAAGCAGGGUCGGCUCAGCACCAGUGAGGACCAAAACGAAGAGCCAGAUGAAGAAAGAACGGCAAGAGCGAGCCAAGGCCAUGGAAGAGGAAAAGGCCAAGGUUGAGGAAGCCGCAGACGAAGAGCCUGCCCAGGAAGCAAUCGUCAGUCGCAAGAAGAAGGCGAAGAAGGAGAAGGAGCCACGUCCGGCAAAGCCGAAAGCAGUAGCACCCACCGCGACUGCAGACUCCACGCCGACAGCAAGUCGACCUGCAUCACCUGGCAAGACCACUGCAGAGUUUUCGCCCGUUGCCGAUACGGCUUCGUCAACACCAAAGGAAGUGAAACCAGCCACGCCAACAAGAUCAAUGCGUGCGCCACCACCGCCUAUGCAACCUCCAUACCAACCCUCACCACCUCCGACACCAACUUUGACAGCUGCACAACUAAUCGCAGAAAUCAAAGCCGCAGCACCAGAGCUUCAAAAAUCUGUGGAAAGUUUGUUUCGUGUGGCUAACAGUCACCAUUUCAAGGCGCCUCAGCAUACUUCACAAAAGGACUUACUUGCGGGCUGGAAGUCAGACUUCAACAUCAAGCUCACCAAAGAAGAAAUUCAUGACCUGCUCAAUGGUAAAGUUGCAGCAAUUCAGCGUGGCAGCGACAACGACAAUCGUACUUUCGAUCGACAUACUGUCACUCCAUCUGGCGCACAUCUACGAGCUUUGACUAGGGAACUGGAAUUGAGGUUCCUUGAGCUUGAGAAGGCACUUAGGGAUAUGCCCGAGGAGUUUCGUUUUCGCCCAUCCAAGCCCCAGAAUGAGAUGAAGCUCCCUUCCUUCGAUCUCGAGAAGCUCAGGCGCGACAUCGAAAACAGCGGCGGAAGAGGUGUCAGCGUCAUGGAACAAAUGGUGCAAGAUGGAAGCACAAUGAAGAAGGGUGCAUUUCUCGUGGACGAAGCGAGCAAGUACAUCAAUGAGUUCGUGAUGCCGCCCGUGACGCCUCCUCCAAGUGCUGGUAGGAACGUCAACGUGCAGGCUACUGGUCAUGCGCAGGCGGUGCAGUCACAGAACGGGGAUGGCUCGAUGAAUGUGCCACCGAUGGAUAUUGCGGAUAGGCAGUUGAACGAUGCGAAGAGGGUGGCUGACGAGAAGGAGCAUGCGUUGAGGAAGGCGAUGAAGAAGAACAAGAGACUGGCGGGACUAGCUUGA